AUGUUGUCUUAUGCGUUUCUUCCAGGCUACCUUGAUCCGGAUCCAGACAUGCAGAAGGGAACUAUUGAUGACGACGCUUCAUUCGAGGAAGUGAAGGCGGCAUAUAGGUAUCUGGCCAAGCAGUGCCAUCCGGAUUUUUUGGGAGAUGAGGGGCACGAGCUCUGUGCAUACUCAAUUCUUAGCAACCCCCAACAGAGGCAGAAUUACAAUGCUCGGCUGCAAGCGCAGUUGCAGGAUGACCUGGAUGACUACACAGGCAAGGCGCUGAGCAAGUGGUUGGUGAAUCACCCCAUGAGCAAAGCCAAGGACCCAGCAGAGACCAGGGCUGUCUUUGUGGAUGAGUCAUCGUGCAUCGGCUGCAAGCAGUGCGUCUGGUGCGCCAGCGCCACUUUCCGCAUAGAGCCCACGCACGGCCGAUCGCGCGUAUUUGCGCAGUGGAUCGAUGACGAGGACUUGAUACAGGCAUCGAUCGACGCGUGCCCCGUGGACUGCAUCCACUGGGUGGAUCGCCAGCAGCUGCCGGCGCUGGAGUAUGUGAUGCAGAAGCGCAUGGGCCGCACCAACGUCGGCGUCAUGAUGGCCGGCCAGGGGGGGUCAAACGGCGACGUCUUCGAGCUCACCCUCCGCUUCCUCAAGGAACGCGAGGCCAGGCUGAAGGAGCGUGCAGAGUCGCGCAAGUACACGCCGGCGCAGGAGGCGGCACGUUCGCGCGCGGCUGACUCGAUCCGCACGCAGCACUCCGGCUGGUGGGGCGGCCUCGCCAACGCCAUGAGCGGCGCCUGGGCCGGUGUCGUCGACGCCGCCGCCGGCACCGACUGCCGCGGCAGCGGCUUUGGCGCCGACGCAGAGGUGGGCCAGAGGCGCCGCGUACGGCGCACUCCGAUAUCAGACAGCCGCGGGACAAUCCCAUUAGAGCGCUCCCUGGUGCCCGUUCGUGUGCAGGACCCCUACCACGACAUUUGA